AUGUUUGCCUACAUGCGAUCGAGCAUCCCACACGGGAAAGACCGGUUCUCACCUGGCCCAUUCAUUGAUUCUUUGGCGAUGGGAUUCCCUAACCUUCGCCAGCUAUCUGUUCAUGUUGAGCUGGGAUCCCGGCGAAUGGAAUUAGAAUUGCAAUUGGAAAAGCAAUUGGCACAACAACUGUUCCGAGAAACAAGGCAGCACCUUCAAGAGCAAUCCCUAGAAAGAUUUGACGACGAUGAGUUCUAUGGUAACUUAUACGACUCAUCGGAUGAGACAAGUGGAGUGGACAGAGAGGGCCACGAUGCUUACAGGGAAGAAUGGCAGGAGUCGGUAUUGACCGAAUCCAACGCGCAAGCCUUUGGAAACGACCUAUUCAGUCGGAGACAUGGGCCUUCGAAUCUUAAGAAGAUAACUUUGAGAACAGGCGAGAAGCUGCGUCAUGACCUGGGACGGAGGAAUCUCUAUUCAUUUGAUGAAGAUCGUUUUGAGCGAAUUUUUGAAAUAUAUUCUCCUCCAAACGAGGGGGAUGAGCCAUUUCUUAAAGAACUAGAAUCAGAGCAGACUCGAAGGAUUAGAAAAACGAGUGAAAGGCUUGACCGCAUGUUUGGGCCAUGCAAUUAUGUCUGUUAA